AUGGCGGCUGAUUCUCACCGGUGCACCAGCGUCGCCGCCGAGCUGGAGGGCACGCUCCUCAUCUCCGGCAGCCUCUUCCCAUACUUCCUCCUCGUCGCCCUCGAGGCCGGCGGGCCACUCAGGGCCGCCGUCCUGCUCGCCGUCUACCCUCUCGCCGCGCUGCUCGGAGCCGCCUUCUCGGACGAGCUCCCUCUCCUCGCCAUGACGUUCCUUUCCACCGCCGGCCUCGGCGUCGGCGACUUGGCGGCGGUGGCGGGGGCCACGCUGCCCAGGUUCUUCCUGGCCGACCUCCGGCGCAGCGCGUUCCGGGCCCUGGCGCGCCACGCCGGCGAGAGGUACGUCGUGACGCGCCUGCCGAGGCUCCUCGUGGAGCCGUUCGCCAGGGAGUACCUCGGCGCCAACGUCCGUGUCGUUGGGGCGGAGCUCCGGGUGGUCGGGAGGAGGUUCUCCGGGACGGUGGCCUCGCCGGGCGUCGCGGCUGGCGCCGACCGGAGCCUGGGAGCUCUGGUGGCCGUUCUCGGGCGCGACCGGAUCGUCGACGUCGGGCUGUGCUCCGGCGCGGCCGGCGACCGGCAGCCGGCGUUCUUGCAGCUGUGCCAGGAGCGCCGCGUGGUGUCCACCCCGGAGAAGGCGCCGUCGACGCCGCUGCCGCGGAGCGAGUACCCACGGCCGCUGGUCUUCCACGACGGCCGCCUCGUCUGCCGGCCCGAGCCGCUCGCGUGCCUCGCCAUCUUCCUGUGGCUCCCGCUUGGUGCGCUCCUGUCCGUGACGCGCCUCCUCCUCGGCUUCCUCCCCCACGGCGCCGGCCUCCUCCUCGCCGCGGCCACCGGCUUCCGGAUAAGAGGCGAGCUCGGCGGAGCAACCGGGCCGGCGGCGGGCCGGCGGGGCACAUUGUUCGCGUGCAACCACCAGACGCUGAUGGACCCGGUGAUCCUCUCGACGGUGCUGCGCCGGAAGGUCACGGCGGUGACGUACAGCCUCUCCGGCUUCUCGGAGCUGAUCGCGCCGAUCCCGACCGUCCGGCUGACGCGCGACCGCGACCGGGACAGCCGGAUCAUGCAGUCGGAGCUGGCGCGCGGCGACCUGGUGGUCUGCCCGGAGGGCACCACCUGCCGGGAGCCGUACCUGCUCCGGUUCAGCCCGCUGUUCGCGGAGAUCGCCGGCGAGGUCACGCCGACCGCCGUCCGCGCCGGCGGCGCCAUGUUCCACGGCUCGACGGUGCGGGGGCACAAGUGGCUGGACUCGGUCUUCUUCCUCAUGAACCCGGCGCCGUGGUACGAGAUCCGGCUCCUCGCGCCGGUGGCCACGUAUGGCGGCGGCGCGUCGAGCCGCGACGUGGCGAACGGCGUCCAGCGCACGAUCGGCGACGAGCUCGGGUUCGAGUGCACCGAGCUGACGCGCAGGGACAAGUACCGGAUGAUCGCCGGCCACGACGGCGUCGACGCUAGGUCAGCGCCGGCGGCGUCGUAG